AUGGAGAACCACGACAAGGCAAUUCUGGCCGCCUCGGCUAGACACCCGAUCGUGCCUCUGGAGAAGGGUCGGUUCUACACGUAUGGUACUGCUGGUUUCCGCAUGAAGGCGGAUUUGCUCGACGGUAUCACAUUUCGGGUUGGCCUUCUUGCUUCGCUUCGGAGCCGCAAGCUUAACAGCCAAGCUAUUGGUGUUAUGAUCACCGCCAGCCACAACCCGGCCGCCGAUAAUGGCGUCAAGAUCGUCGACCCCAUGGGAGACAUGCUCGAGCAGGACUGGGAACGCUAUGCCACGGCCCUGGUCAACGCGCCAACCGACGAGCAGCUCGUCGACGUCUACAACAGGCUGGCCGCCGACCUCAAGAUCGAUCUCAAGAUCCCUGCCAAGGUUAUCUAUGGCCGGGACACCAGGCCCUCGGGCCACACCCUGGUCACGGCUCUCGUCGAUGGUCUCGAGGCCACGAAAGCAGAGCCCGUCGACCACAAGAUCCUCACCACGCCUCAGCUUCACUACCUCGUGCGGGCCACCAAUAGCGAGGGCACGCCCUUGUCAUACGGCAAGGUCAGCGAGGCCGGCUACUACGAGAAACUUGCCGAGGCUUUCGUGCGUGCCAUGCGGAACAGGCGGAUCGACGGGACACUAGUGGUCGACUGCGCCAAUGGAGUUGGCGGUCCAAAGCUGUCCGAGUUCCUUAAGUACAUCCAUCAAGACAAGGUCAAAUUCGAUGUCAAGGUCGUCAACGACGAUGUCCUUCGUCCCGAAGUUCUCAACCUCGACUGCGGUGCCGAUUUUGUCAAGACAAAGCAGAGGGCCCCGCCCUCACCCAAGCCUCAGCCCGGCGUCAGGAGCUGCUCGCUCGACGGUGACGCUGACAGAUUGAUCUACUACUGGGUAGACCCGGAGAGCGGCUUCGUUAUGCUGGACGGCGACCGCAUCUCGUCGCUCGCUGCCUCUUUCAUCGGAGACCUGGUCGAGGGCGCCGGCCUCAAGAACGAGCUGCGCAUCGGUGUCGUGCAGACGGCUUACGCCAACGGCGCCAGCACCAAUUACAUCACCCAGCACCUGAAGUUACCUGUCAUCUGCACCCCGACUGGCGUGAAGCACCUCCACCAUGUGGCUCAGGGAUUCGACAUUGGCGUGUACUUCGAAGCCAACGGCCACGGCACGGUCCUCUUCUCUCCGGAUGCUCUCAGCGCCUUCCGGAACACUGAACCCCAGUCGCCCGCGCAAAAGGACGCCCUCGACACGCUGGCUGCCUUGGGAGACCUGAUCAACCAGACCGUCGGUGACGCCAUCUCGGAUAUGCUCCUGGUCGAGGUGAUCCUCGCCCACAGGAACUGGACACUGCGCGACUGGGCAAUGACGUACGCCGACCUGCCCAACCGCCUUGUGCGCGUCGAGGUCGCCAACAAAGACCUCUUCCAGACGACUGACGCCGAGCGGCGGCUCUCGCACCCCGAAGGCGCGCAGAACGAGAUCGACCAGGCUGUCAAAAAAUAUAAGGACGCACGCGCGUUCGCCCGCGCCAGCGGCACCGAGAACGCCUGCCGCGUCUAUGCCGAGGCGGCUACGCGCUCCGAGGCCAACGAGCUCGCUGAGCGCGUCGCUCGCAUCAUUGAGCGCUACGGCACCCUGUAG